GUGCAUUUCUUUGGGCGUUCGAAGGUCAGCAAACCGUGCCGUUCUCCUCGUCUUCGUCGUCGUCGUCGCGGCAUCAAUGGCUCCGGUGUCGGCUUUGGCGAAGUACAAAUUGGUGUUUCUCGGCGACCAAUCCGUUGGCAAGACCAGCAUCAUCACCCGUUUCAUGUAUGACAAGUUUGAUAACACGUACCAGGCUACCAUUGGCAUUGAUUUUCUGUCAAAGACUAUGUACCUUGAAGACCGAACUGUUAGAUUGCAGCUUUGGGAUACAGCUGGACAAGAGAGAUUUAGAAGCCUUAUUCCAAGCUAUAUUAGGGACUCCUCUGUUGCUGUGAUUGUGUAUGAUGUUGCAAGUCGGCAAUCUUUUUUGAAUACUUCAAAAUGGAUUGAAGAGGUUCGCACGGAGAGGGGGACAGAUGUUAUCAUUGUUCUUGUUGGAAACAAAACUGACCUUGUGGACAAAAGGCAAGUUUCUAUAGAGGAAGGAGAGGCAAAGGCGAAGGAUCUUGGUGUCAUGUUUAUCGAGACAAGUGCAAAAGCAGGGUUCAACGUAAAGGCACUUUUCCGAAAAAUUGCUGCUGCACUGCCUGGGAUGGAGACCCUUUCUUCCACAAAGCAAGAAGACAUGGUUGAUGUGAAUCUAAAGGCUACCAAUGCAAACACUUCGCAGUCACAACAAGCUUCUGGCGGAUGCAAUUGUUAAACCUUCUUGUCGGUUUGUAGGCUGUGCUCAACUUGUCAAUGUGAUGUGCUGCAUGGUCUCUGAAGGUUCUUCCUGUCUCCAAUGACUGAAUUCACAAUCAGAUCUGUGGAAACUGUGAUGACUUUCUCUGGAGGAGGCUGCUUAUUAGUAUGAAGGUUGAAUCUAUUUUCUGGUUAGCUUGUUUUAGUUACUUAUAUUUUCUUUCUUUGUCUUUACUGUUGUCAAUAGAACCAUUUUCCAUAAGAAGUCAUUGAGAACUGUAGUCACAACUCGUGGAUAACUGUUUUAGUUGCAUCAUGAACAUCAAGAAUAAUUGAUAUAGUUAAUAUUUGUGAUUUCUUACCUGCAUACAUAGCAGGCAGAAAUUUUGUUUCA